CUUACUCACAUUAUCCCUCCACAUCUUCUCACUCACCCGAGAUCAAUUUCGAUUACUUUCCCCUGCUCUCUCUCUCUCUGUGGAUUGAUUAGACGGCCUGCGCUACUGCAGUGUUUUGACUACACAUUAUUAUCUGCUUCUAUCUGUGUGGCUUCACGGAUUCCGUGAUUUCCUCCGGACUUGAGCUGUUUGGGAUGGGGAUCUGGUCCCUGGGUCUUGGUGCCAUCGGAGCUGCACUCACUGGGAUCUUCCUGGCCAACACUGAUAUGUGUCUCACUAAAACUGCCAAGGCGAUGCUGGAGAACCUGGGAGAUGCUGACCUGAGAUCCACGACUGAAGAUGACAAGGUCAUCAAAGCACAGAGCCUGUGGGAGAAGAACGGGGCUGUGGUCAUGGCCGUGCGACGGCCUGGAUGAUUUUUGUGCAGAGAGGAGGCCACUGAGCUGUCCUCUCUGAAGCCCCAGCUGGAAGAGCUUGGGGUCCCUCUGAUCGCUGUGACGAAAGAGAACAUCGGCUCAGAGAUCCAGGACUUCAGACCGCACUUCGCUGGGGACAUUUACAUAGAUGAAAAGAGAUGCUUCUACGGUCCGCAGCCGAGGAAGAUGGGAGCUCUCGGGUUCGUUCGCCUCGGUGUGUGGCUGAACUUCAUGCGGGCCUGGAGGUCCGGUUACCAGGGCAACAUGAUCGGCGAGGGCUUUGUCUUAGGAGGAGUGUACGUCAUCGGACCAGGAGACCAGGGGAUUCUCCUGGAGCACCGCGAGAAGGAGUUUGGGAAUAAGGUGGACGCUGCUCAGGUUAUAGACGCCGUCAAGAAAAUAGUUCCACUGAAAUAAACCGUUUUGGUCUAAUGUGGAGUCACUGAAAUACUGAUACUAUCAUUACAUUUGUCUUUUUUUUUGUAAUAUCACAUUAAUUUAUUGUAUGUUAGAGCUGUGAAACAACAACAAUAAUAAUAAUAAGCAAUGUUGUUCCUCUUUACCUCUGCACCUUGAAGUUAUAGUUUAUCUGAAACGGGCAUUAACAUAAACAGGCAGGAACAUCGACUGUUAAAUUUAGGUUCACUUGAAGCUUGAUUUCACGUCAGUGCAUUUUCAAUAACCGUCCUGUUUGCUUCUCCUGCUACGGUGCGUGAAUACACCUCCAACAAUGGCAGACGACUGUUUGUGUGAUAAUGACAACCUGACUAUAAACUCAACACUGAGCGGAUCAGGUUUGAUGCUCAAACACACAAAAGUCCAGCUGUUGUUGUACUUUUGGAGGAGUAUUUGUGCUGCCUGAAGCAGGUGUUGAUUUAAUGUGUGUUUGUGCACAAGAGAGCAACUGUUUGUACCUGUACAUGCGAAUAUUUGCUGCAAUAAAUGAAAAAAACACAAACCUCGUCACCAUA